AUGAUACGUGAUCCGUUUCACACACACACCACAUUUCUCCUGAGAAGGACAAGGAUGGACGGAUGGGUGCUCCCUCUUCUUGCGUGCCUGCUCCUUGUCUGUGGAGGAGUUUCUGGCUCGGAGUAUGAGCUCGGUGCUCACCCACGCUUCAUCUGUAGCCCCAUUCCCCCCGAUGCCCCCUGCAUCCCCUCUGAUAGCUCUGGUCACCAUGGCGGCCAUCACGGUGGCCAUUACGGUGAACAUCACAGCAGGCACCACGGCAGCCAUUACACCGGCCACCAUGGUGACUCCUGGUGGGGCGUGUCGGAUGAGGCCACGCCCACUAUCUUGCACCUGCGUGAGAGCUUAGUGCAGCAGAAGGAGACGAUUCUGGACCAGAGGGAGACGAUCCGCGAGCUCACCUCCAAGCUGGCGCUCUGCCAGGGCUUCGGGCAUGGCCUGGGAGGACACGAGCAUGGACACGAGCAUGGACACAGCCAGUACAGGCAUUACCAUGGCAAUGAAGAGCACACGGGUGACGAGACGAUGAGUCUAUCACACUCAAGCUCUCCGGAGCAGAUGAGACACAUGCUGGAGACGUUAAAGGAGAGACUAGAAAACCUGCAGACGCACAACACGUCCACGGCGUACUCCGCCUCUCUGAAGGAGCUGCUGCGGAGGAAGAUCUCAGCCCUCGAACAGCAGAUGCUGCAUCACGCAACAUCCGUCACCGACGGCAACCAUCACCACGGUGAUGACGAGGAUGAUGACGAUCACGAUGGCCAUGACGGCGACGAACACCACGACGGUCAACACGACGGUAACCAUGAUGACAGUCGCCAUGGCAGCGACACAGGUGGACACGAGCACCGGAGGUCAUCGCACCGCUCACAGGAUCGCCGGACGACGCAUGACGAGCUGGACAAAGUGCUGAAGCAGCUGACACACGGCGCCCGUUCGAACACAGGUACGAGGAAGAGAAGCAAAUCUUCUAGAAGUUUCCAGAUUGGCUUCCCAAUGCGCACAAACUACAUGUAUGGGAGAGUGAAGCGAACGGUGACGCAAGAGAUCUAUGCCAUGACGCUGUGCAUGUGGCUGAAGGGCGGAGCCUCGGGCAUAGGCACGCCCUUUUCCUACUCCGCCCCGGGGCAAGCAAACGAACUGGUGCUGAUUGAGUGGGGGGACAAGCCGAUGGAGCUGCUGAUCAAAGACACGGCAGUGAUAUUACCCCUCUCACUGCAUGAUGGGAAAUGGCACCACGUGUGUGUGACGUGGUUGGCACAGGAUGGAGUAUGGGAGGUUUAUCAGGACGGCACAAAGAGAGGCUCAGGGGAUAAUCUUAACGCCUGGCAACCCAUCAAGCCUGGAGGAGUGUUUAUUUUGGGACAGGAACAGGACUCGCUCGGCGGACGUUUCGAUGCCACUCAGGCUUUCGUCGGUGAAAUCUCAGACCUGCAGCUCUGGUCUCACACACUCACGCACCAUGACAUUUACAGCCUUGCGUCCUGCAGAGGUCACAUGACCGGUGAUGUCAUAAGCUGGGCGGAGUCGGUGGUGGAGCUGCACGGCGGGGUCACCAAGUACCCGUUUGAUCCCUGUCAUUAA